AUGGCCUCCGCCAGCGCCACGGGCUCCGCCACGGGCUCCGCGCUGCUGCGGCCCCUCAGCGACGCCGUGCGGCUGCCGCUGGACCAGGUCAACUUCGUGGUGUGCCAGCUCUCUGCCUUGCUGGCGGCCGUGUGGUUUCGGACUUACCUUCACGCGAGCAAGACGAGCUCUUCUGUCAGACAUGUCGUGGCCACGCUCUUGGGCCUGUAUCUCGCCGUUUUCUGCUUCGGGUGGUACGCCUUACACUUCCUGGUGCAGAGCGGGAUCUCCUACUGCAUCAUGGUCCUCAUCGGCAUGGAGCACAUGCACAGAUGUUGUUUUGUGUUUGCUUUGGGAUACCUCAUAGUGUGCCAAAUUACUAGAGUCUAUAUCUUUGAUUAUGGACAAUAUUCCGCUGAUUUUUCAGGCCCCAUGAUGAUAAUCACCCAGAAGAUCACCAGCCUGGCGUUCGAGGUUCGCGACGGGAUGUUCCGGAAGGACGAGGACCUGACUCCGUCGCAGAGGGACCUGGCUGUCAGGCGCAUGCCCAGCCUCCUGGAGUACCUGAGCUACAACUGCAACUUUAUGGGCAUCCUGGCCGGCCCGCUCUGCUCCUACAAGGACUACAUCUCCUUCAUCGAGGGCCGCGCCCACCGGACGCCGCGGCCGGGCGAGGACGGCGGGGCGGGGCCUCCCGGCCCGGGCGCUGAGCCGUCCCCGAACGCGGCCGUGGUGCAGAAGCUGGCGGUGUGCGGCCUGUCGCUGCUGGCCCACCUGACCGUCUCGAACGUGCUGCCCGUGGAGCACAACAUCGACGAGCACUUCCGAGCCACGGCCUCGUGGCCGGCCAAGGCCCUGUACCUGUACGUCUCGCUCCUGGCGGCCAGGCCCAAGUACUACUUCGCGUGGACGCUGGCCGACGCCAUCAACAACGCCGCCGGCUUCGGGUUCCGGGGCUUCGACCGGCGCGGGGCGGCCCGCUGGGACCUGGUCUCCAACCUGCGGAUCCGGCAGAUAGAGGGGUCCACGAGCUUCAAGAUGUUCCUGGACAACUGGAACAUCCAGACGGCUCUCUGGCUCAAAAGGGUGUGCUACGAACGGACCACGUGGAACCCCACCGUCCAGACCUUCGUGCUGUCCGCCGUCUGGCACGGCGUGUACCCCGGCUACUACCUGACCUUCCUCACCGCGGUGCUGGUGACGCUGGCAGCGCGAGCCGUGAGGAGUAACCUCAGGCACCACUUCCUCUCGCCGCCGCCGCUGAAGCUGCUGUACGACGCCCUCACCUGGGCGGCCACCCAGCUGGCCGUGAGCUACACGGUGGCGCCCUUCGUGCUGCUGUCCGUGCGGCCCUCCUUCGCCUUCUACAGCUCCUGGUACUACUGCCUUCACGUCGCCUGCAUCCUGGUCCUGCUGCUGCUCCCCGUGAAAAAGACUCAGAGGGCGCGGGAGCCCCACGGACACAGGCCGCCGGCGGGGCCCACCAAGCUGGACGAGAGCUCCUCGGGACAGAACAGCUUUCCCACGACAAACCACGUGUGCAGCCAGGGUCCGGCCGGCGCCCACAGACACUCGUCGGGAAAGGAGUGA